AUGGCCGAGAACCUCAAGCCCGUGGCGUUGCUGCUGCUACUGCUGAACCUGAGCAUGUACGUCAUCCUGGCCAUCAUCGGCGGGUGGGCGCUCAACGUCGCCAUCGACCGCGGCUUCAUCAUCGCCCCCGAGCUGCGGCUUCCCGCGCAUUUCCACCCCAUUUUCUUCCCCAUCGGCAACUUCGCAACCGGCUUCUUCGUCCUCUUCUCCCUCCUUGCCGGCGUCGUCGGGAUCGCCUCCGCCAUCGUGGGCUUCAACCACCUCCGCUUCUGGAACUACCACAGCCUGCAGCCCGCCGCGGCGUUGGGCCUCCUUGCGUGGGCACUCACAGUCCUAGCCAUGGGGCUAGCUUGUCAUGAAAUCUCUUUCGACCGAAGAAACGCCAAGCUGGGCACCAUGGAGACCUUCACCAUCAUCCUAACAGUGACGCAGUUCUUCUACGUGCUCGCGAUCCACGGGGGAAGUCACGGAUCCGGCGUCCCGGUGGAGCGCCACGGCAACGUGGCACGGAUAUGA